UGAAAAUAAUAUCAAUAUUAGUAAAAAUGUACUGUUAUACUAUUAAAAUCAUUUAACAAUAUUACAAUGUCAAUAUCAUGUAAUAACAAAUGACAAUCCAAUGACGUUGUGACAAUAACAAUUCAAUUACUCCCAGUGGAGUACAUUUGAAUAACCUAACAGUGACAGCCCCAAUUAACUAAAAAUAAACAAGGAAUAAAACGUGGAGUUACAAUACGAAAAAGGAAUUAGACAAAAAACCAAAACAAGAGUAAACAAGGAAUAAAAAACUAAACUAAACCCAGUGGAAUCACGUGGAAUAACCAGAUCGGCCAAAAAGAAGCAACCAAAGAAAAGAAGAAGAAAAGUGCAAUUUCGAUGCACUAAAACGAACCAAAAAAGCUCGGUGGAAAAAACAAAUUGCAGAUCUGGGUGCAACAACAAGGAAGAAAAAUAAGGGAGAGCGAAAGGAGGAGGAGGGCUCCGGCCGCCGCUGCCUUGUCUCCAUCUUGCUGUCGCCGCCGCCGUGUCAGAUUGUCGUUGUCGCCGCCGUGUCAGAUUGUCGUCGUCGCCGCCGUGUCAGAUUGUCAUCGCCGUCUCUAUUUCACUCGUCGGAAGAGGAAAUCAGGAGGUCCGAAGGUGUGACGGGGUGCCGUCCUUCCUUUCGUAGCUACAACAGCCGAGACCACCAUCACUGAUAGUCUGGUCCAUGCCAGAUCGAAUUAAAGGAGAGGAGAAGGUACCUUGUUGCAAUUCUAUUUAGAAGAGAUUAGACAGCGAGAGGAUGCAAAAGAAAGGGACGGCCGACGGGUAGCCGCUACUAUUAAAUCAAGGGCAAAAGUGGUAUUAAGUAAAAUAGUAGCCGGUCCUAUACGAGUAUAUAACUAAAGCUAUGGUCCUACUUAAGACCAUUUCUCUAAUUAAAAUUACUUUUAAAUAUGACAAAUUCAAAUAAUUAAAUUGAUAUUCAUUUUAAAUUGAACUUAAAUUAUUAUUUCAUUAAUUACCUUUCAAAACCCUUCAAAUUGGAGUAGUUAAAAAUUGAACAUUUGGAGGGUUUCGGAGGGCAAUAAAAGCCCUCCAAAAUCAUCCCCUCCAAUUUUUUAAACUUCCAAAAAUGAAAUUGAGGGUCAUAAACCCCAUCAACUUCCCCUCCCCUCCAAAACCUCACUUCCAAACACACCCCAAAGUAAAACAACGUAGGCCGACUAUUGUACACCGGUUCAAGCUUUGGCCUGCAUGUUGUAAAAAGAGAAAGGGGCAGCUAUCUAGCCGGAGUCACUUCGAUUCAUAUGUCACAACUCACAAGGUCUCUAUGGACAACGGGACAAGUGAAUCAUUUCUAGGAAUCACAGGCAACCUUCUACCUUUUGCAUGUUUCAUUCCAUCGUCUUGUAUGGUUCCUGGAUCAGCAAGCAAAGCAAAUGAAAAAAUACAACAUUUUUCUCCUUGACCAAAGCAAGUAUUUUGAUUAUGACUGUUUGCUAUUCGUAAAAUUGAACUCCCUCAAAAAUCUCAGUACAUUUUCUCCUUCCGGCUUUCCUCACUACCUCAUAAAUCAUAAUCAUUCUGCUCCAACCCAUUAAAUUGCCAACGACUCGUAAUCCCUGUACUCUUGAUCGGGUAACUUCCA